AUUGUCCUGCCCUUUCUGAAGAUUUCCUGUUUCAUGAAAAGUGCAUACAUACUGUCUGACUCAUAUACGGCAAGUUCUGCCUGCACUAUUUACUUUUCUAACCGGAGGCUGUUUGAGAGACGCAUGAGAGCAACAGGCAGACCGAAGAAAACCCGAAGAACGUCUCGAAUUAAAGUCUGGAUAUUUCCUAUUAUCAAGGCUUCAGUAAAAGAAGACUACUUUAUAGUCCGUUUCUAAAUGGAGCAACUUCGUUUUUCCGCUUUCUGGUGUGGAACGAUAAUGUUUGGUAGUAUUCUGUUAGAACAGAAAAUGGCCUCAUCAAUGACUAUGCUGAAGCUGAAGCGUCUGUGUAAGUUCUGUGAAGUUGAGUCUACCAGCUGUACGGGCACAGGGAGCUGUAUGACCAACUGUAGCAUCACAUCCAUCUGCCCCCAUCCAGAGGACGUGUGUGUCAGCAUUUGGAGGAAGAAAGACGACAAUGUCACCAUAGACACGAGAUGCCACAACCCAGCCCAUAAGCUGCAUGGUCUGGUGUUGGAGGACUAUAACAACAGCAAGUGUGAGAUGAGGGAGAGGAAUGACAUGGGCUCCCAGUUCUUCAUCUGCUCCUGCUCCGAGGAGGAGUGCAACGACCACCUUUUCUUCCCCCCCUUGGCCUCAUCAAUGACUAUGCUGAAGCUGAAGCGUCUGUGUAAGUUCUGUGAAGUUGAGUCUACCAGCUGUACGGGCACAGGGAGCUGUAUGACCGACUGUAGCAUCACAUCCAUCUGCCCCCAUCCAGAGGACGUGUGUGUCAGCAUUUGGAGGAAGAAAGACGACAAUGUCACCAUAGACACGAGAUGCCACAACCCAGCCCAUAAGCUGCAUGGUCUGGUGUUGGAGGACUAUAACAAUAGCAAGUGUGAGAUGAGGGAGAGGAAUGACAUGGGCUCCCAGUUCUCCAUCUGCUCCUGCUCCGAGGAGGAGUGCAACGACCACCUUUUCUUCCCCCCCCUGUGAGUCCCUAUGUAGUGCAAUGUCACCUGUUAUGUCAUCCUCAAGGUUGCCUUUUGGAGGCAUUAUGAUUGGUCAUGCGAGUGCAACAACCGUGUCUUCUUCACCUUCAUGGGGCGGCAGGUAGCCUAGUGGUUAGAGCGUUGGACCAGUAACCGAAAGGUUUCUAGAUCGAAUCCCCGAGCUGACAAGGUACAAAUCUGUCAUUCUGCCCCUGAACAAGGCAGAUAACCCACUGUUCCUAGGCUGUCAUUGUAAAUAAGAAUUUGUUAUUAACUUACUUGCCUUGUUAAAAAAAUAAAACCUUCUCUAAGUCCCUAUGUGAUGCUGUCAUGGCUGAUUGUGUUUUGUAGGCUAGCUAUUACAAUUGAUCAUAUAGUUUACCAACACUUUUGACGUAACUCACACAUGUUCUUCUACCAUAUGUUGUAAUGAACGCUUAUGCAAUUCCUUAUUAGGUUGUCAUGUAAAGUGUCACACAUGAAUGCUAACAUUUGUUUACUGUUGUACACCCUCCAAAUAUAUAUAAAGGUAAUAUAUAUAUAUAUAUAUAUAUAUAUAUAUUACCUUUAUUUAACUUGGCAAGUCAGUUAAAAACAAAUUCUUAUUUUCAAUGACAGCCUAGGAACAGUGGGUUAACUGCCUUGUUCAGGGGCAGAACGACAGAUGUUUACCUUGUCAGCUCGGGGAUUCGAUCUUGCAAUCUAUGGGUACAAGAUUGCAAACAGGUUUUACAUCGCAGAGGCAUUUUGGCUGUAGUGUUUCGUUAUAAUCUUGGUCCUAGAAUCAAAUGUAUUUUCUUAGUCCAAGUAAAGUAACACAGGAUGGUCAAAAUGCUUCUUGACUGUGUCAUAAAGUGUAUUUUCUUAGUCUAAGUAAAGUGACAAAGGAUGGUCAUAAUGCUUCAUGACAGUGUCAUAAAGUGUAUUUUCUACAUGUUAUUUAAAACAUGAUUAAAAAAACAUGACUGGCAGUGAAAAAACUAAUUUCAAUAAAUGUCAUAACCAGCCAUAUAAUAACUCAAUAUAUGUCACAACAGGUGUAAAUAUAUGGGUCAUGACAGUGUAAUGACCAUAUGACAGGUUAUGACAAGUUAUGUCAUCUGUUAUGACAUAUUAUAGCAUGGUUCUGACCAUGUCAUAACGUGUUAUGACACUGGGUGUCAAGUAAGGUGUUACCCAUAUUGUUAUCUGUUGUUAUAUUUGCAUAGCUUAAUCACAUAUGCAUUUUGCUUUCUACCGAUGUUUAAUAAUUGUAUAUUCAUAUUGCAAUUUAUUCAUAUUAUAGGAUUUGAUAACCUAAUUAUGUAUUCAUGUAAUAUCAUUAUUAUUAUUAUUUACUAUUUCUCUGUCGCCCUACAGAAAAAAAACAUAUAUACAAUGUUACCCACUGGCUGGCCAGUCCUUAACCAAUCAAGACGAGAAUCACAGACUAAUGUCAACUCUACUGUCAAUCAUAUCAACUGUACUGUGAUUCCAUCUGAACAACUUAGCAUGCCAUGUACCAUCAUCUGAAUAUAAAGACUCAGGUCAGAUGCAUUCGCAUGAUGGAUGACUGGUGGAUUGCGUUGAGCCGUGAAGUGAAAUUUUGUUGAAGUUUGCUAACAUUGGCAGUCAUUGUAUUGUUUUUCCAUGAAUGUGAAAUAUAAUGCCAUAUUUCCAUUAAUUUGGAAGACUACUAAUAUAAUAAAUACCUUACAGAUCUUC